AUGUUACAAUUUUUCCGCAAUACCCUACAGGGCUGGUUGCUCGUGGCUGUUCUCGCCCAAGCUGCACCGACAGAUGUAUCAUACAAGAAUCAUCGAUCUGAUCUAAUCGGUCAUCGCUCCCAAAACUGCAACGACGACAUUCGCCUAAUCCGUCGGGAAUGGGGCGAUAUAUCUACCACAGAACGCCUGGCCUUUAUCAACAGUGUUAAAUGUUUGAUGAAACUCCCAUCACGAAUUCCCGAGGGACUAGCACCAGGAGCUCAGAAUCAUUACGACGACUUUGUUGCAACGCAUAUCAACCGUACUGUCCACGUACACUUGAACGGAGCUUUCCCCACCUUCCACCGCGAAUUUAUCCAUGUCUUCGAAAACACUCUUCGCACAGAAUGUGGCUACGAGUACGCCAUCCCUUAUAUUGACUGGCCCAAGUGGGCUACUAACCUUACUGCUUCCCCUAUCUUUGAUGGUAGUGAGACCUCACUAAGCGGUGAUGGGCUUUUCAACCCGAGUCGCACUACUGCGAUAGUUCCAGGAGUCGGUACUGCGCUUACGAAUGGAAACGGUGGCGGUUGUGUAGUCACUGGUCCUUUUGCCAAUCACAAUGGGUCUUUCCAGUUAUUCCCUCAGGUCUCUGACUUCAAGAAUUUGCCAGCUCUCGAGGAUCCUUUGGGCUACCACCCACACUGCCUGACCCGAGACCUGAAUAACAAAGUCGCGAGCGGUUCGUACUCGGACCCGUCAGCCAUCACCAACAUAACUUUAGCCCCUGACUUCACCACCAUGGUAGCAGCAUUCAACGCAGGCGACCCCGACAACAGCUUUAGUAUGGGGGUUCACGGUGGCGGUCACUUCGCAGUCGGUCCGGAAAUGUGGGACUUCUGGGCAAGCCCCUCCGAUCCAGUGUUCUGGCUACAUCAUUCUUUCGUGGACAAAACGUACACUACCUGGCAGCAGGGUGAUCACGCUACACGCGCAAAAGGACAAACUGCUGUUUCCGGCACUGACGCUCUCCUCGAUGAUCCAUCUGGCAAGAACAUCACGCUUGACUAUAUGAUGGAUAUGGGGUUCCUAGCGAAGGCCAAGCCAAUUAGGGAGAUCCUCGACGUUUCAGGUGGAGACUACUGCUAUGGAUACAAAUAA